AUGUUCAUCGUCAUUCUAGUAGUCACCAAUACGUGCAUGCAAGUACACGUGUCUGGCCAACCUGACAAGAUAUGUCCUGCAACACGGGAAGAAGAAGUCAAGUCGUUUGAUGUUCGAAUCUCGAAGACCAAAGUUCCCGUAGAAGCGACUUAUUACGUCUGUCAACAGUUUGAGGUUCCCCAUGCCGCUGCUUAUCAUGCUGUCGCAUUUGAACCAAUUAUCGACAACAAGCGCGUCAUGCAUCACAUGAUACUUUACGCCUGUGAUAAUGACGUCGCUGUUCAGGAAGGUCCGCACAAAUGUGAAGAAAAUGACUUAAAAUGUGAAAAAUGGCUAGCAACCUGGACCCUGGGGCUGGAGGGACAGAUCUGUACUCACCAGAACUCUGGCGUCAGGUUUGGCAGGGGAAGUGUACAGCGAAUGGCACUACAGGUUCAUUGGGCCAACACAGAACUUAACACAGGUUACUUUGACAGCUCCGGGAUGAGUAUCUUCUACACACCAAAGCUCCGCCAGUACGAUCUAGGCAACGUGCAAAUUGGACAAACUUUUCUAGAAAUUCCACCAUUGUCGGACCGCUUUGAACAACAUGGCAGCUGCAGUUCAGACUGCUCUAGGAAACAACUCCUGCAUCCUGUUUACUUCACGAAGACUAAUUUGCAUAUGCAUGGCGCUGGAGUAGCUGGUUCUUUAGAACAAUACAGAGGUGGUCGUUUGCUGAAUCUCAUAGCUUACGACCCCUUUUACGACAACUUGAAACCCCACAUCCACGAACACAAUCCACCGAUAGAGGUCCUUCCCGGCGAUGAAAUAGUGCUUCGAUGUUUGUACGACACGCUCUCCCCGGAAAAGAUGCGCGUCAAUACUACCUCGUUCGGUCUUGGUUCAGAUGAUGAAAUGUGCUAUGCCUUUGUCAGCCAUUUCCCCGCUUUGCCUCACUUUGACCGUUGCAUUCAGUACCAGGACCUAGACGCCGGGGACUGUGCGCCCACUACUUUAAAUCAUACUUUUACAAAUUUAUCCAUGUCUUUUUUUAAAUUUCAGAAGGGUGGAUUGGAAAUUGCCACGUGA